AUGAGCAGUCCCCUGGAGCAAGCCCUGGCUGUAAUCGUCUUUACCUUCCACAAAUACUCGGGCAAAGAGGGGGACAAAUUCAAGCUGAGCAAGGGGGAGAUGAAGCAGUUGUUAAAGAAUGAGCUCCCCAGCUUUGUCGGAGUGAAGGUGGAUGAAGAGGGGCUGAAGAAGCUGAUGGGGAACUUGGAUGAGAACAGUGACCAGGAGGUGGACUUCCAGGAGUAUGCUGUCUUUCUGGCCCUCAUCUCCAUGAUGUGCAAUGACUUUUUCAAGGAUUGUCCUGACCGUCCCUGA